CCUAGAGUGGCACGAGCCGGAGGAAAUGAUGUGUCGGAGAUGGAUAACCUCGGCUAUAGCCUGAUUGGUUUCUCAACAGUAGGAAGAUGAUGAUAGGAAGAUGAUGCCCAACAGUGCGUGUUCGUCGUCCUUCGACAAGCUGCCGCUGUUCUCUCAGCUCCGAGCACGGCACGCUGGCAUCUUGUCGGCCCGGCACUUCCACUGCUUCCUCGAGCGCAAGCAAAUCGCAGCCUUAGAUACGUCAGCCACCCUCACGCUGGACGCAGACCAUGCCGGAGGCGUGUCUGCCUUGGCGGCCUCACCGGAUGGGCGAUUUCUGCUAUCCGGCAGCACCGGAUCUUCCAUGAAGCUGUUUGAUCUCGACAAGCGGGAGAAGCGGCAGCACACCGACAUCGGAGGCCGGCGUAUUGUGCGACCUGUCCAUCAAGUCGGGAAAAGGGACCCGAGGGCUGGCGGGAGGUUUGAUCGGGGUCAUCUGUAUGCCAUCAGCUCCCUCGCGUGGUACCCCGACGGCUCGUCUGUGUGUCUGUCUGCCGGUCUCGACAAAUUUGUCAAGGUGUGGGACACAUCGGGCAUGGACGAGGUCAUCAGCUUCGACCUGAAGAGCAAGGUGCGCGAGCAGCCACACAGCACAACACCCCACACACCACGACAGCCAUGCCAUGCUUGAACCAUUCUGCCUCCUCUGACCUGACAUCGAUUGUCAGGUAUAUAGCAUCGCGACGGCUGGCGAGCGGACCAGCGGCAGCCCGACCUUUGCUGCAGCGCUCGAAGAGGGCCACACGCGGCUGUGCGACCUCCGGUCGGGCAACUUCACACACAUCCUGCGCGGCCACCGAGCGGCGGUCUUCUCAGUCGCCUUCCACCCCCGUAAUGGCUUCCAUCUGGUCACCGGCAGCGCCGACCGGACCGUCAGGCUGUGGGAUAUCCGCAGGGGCGUGCAGUGCAUCUACGCCCUCGACAAACACAAGGCCGACGACCGCUUUCUGCGGGCUCUCGGGCAGGGGCCGAUCGGCAGCGCCGACACGCUGCCCCCGCAGAGGCGGCCGGCAGUGCCGAAGACUCAGGCACCGCCACCUGUAGCGGCGAAACAAGGGCCUCAGCUUGCUGGCUUUGCCGAUGAGAGCGACGUGUGGGCCUACAUGUCAAGGGUGACUAACAAGCGAAAGAGGAAGGACAAAUCGGCAGAGAGGGAGGAGAGCAACGACAGCCAGGCGAGCAGCAGCAAUGACCCCUUGUCAAGACAGCGCAUCAACUACCGCCUUAACCCCCACCUGUUGAAGCCCCAGCCGCCCAAAUCAUCUCAGUCAAGGAGAGCCGCCAAGACACCUUCGAGUGCACCAUCUGCCCCCACACCCACCCCCGCCCCUCCCCGCAAGCCCCCGCCGCCAAAGCACACCGGCAUCGCUCAUGACGGCCGCGUGACGUCGGUGCGCUUCACCACGGACGGGCAGUACGUCCUAAGCUCAGGCACCGACGGCCAUGUGCGGCUGUGGGACGCCCUGACGGGCGGCAACUGCUUCGUCCACUUCGGGCAGACCAAGAACAAGCAGUCGCUGGGCACCACCUUCGCCGUGGACACCUUCGACGACCACGUCUUUCACGGCGUGGGCGAGCUCGUGUGCAUGUUCCAGCUCAAGACGGGCCGGGUGGUGAGGCAGUGGCGGGGGCACCUGGAUACGGUGGUGGCGGUGGAGUGGAAUGGGAGGCGGAAGCAGGUGUGCAGCGGGGCCAAGGACGGCCUCAUACAAGUGUUCGAGCCGUCACCGGGGUUCUUGCGGGGCAAGGGGGCGGACAGUGGGGUGGCGAGAGCUGCUCCCUCUGUCGGUGCUGCUGCAGUAGCUACGUCGUCUGCAAGGGCUGAUGAUGAGAUGAGCGAGUGGAGUGACGAGAUCUGGUAGUCUGGCUAGCUAGAAUGGGAUAUUUGCAGAUUUCUGUGCAGCCGGGGCGGCAGUGUGUGCAGAUGACUUGAGAUGACUGUGACCGACCAGCUUUGGAUGUUAUGUGAUGUUAUGUGAGAUGAG